AUGUCCUGGAACCGGCCUCAGCUGAGGAGCGGCACCGAUCUGCAGCUGCAGUCGGCCUUUAACGACCGGCAAUGGGCAAACGUUAUCCGUCUUGCCGAAAAGCGGUUUCGGACCUUCAAUGACCCCUACUUUGAGGCCGUGAAAAUAUGCGCAGAGAGCCACCUGGAGUCACCCUUGGAGAAGGCAUCGCCUCUUAUUGCAAUUCAGAAGCUGGCCAAGGACCCGUCCGCUGUGAGAGAUGCUGAUACUCUCGAACUACUAGAGUGGGCGUCUGAGGGUUUCAUGGAGGACCAAGACUUUGCUGAGACCUUUGGACCCCUGAAGUUGCGCUAUGUGAAGGCGAACCCCAAGGAUAAGAACGGCGGAACAAGAUGUCUUGAGUCUUGUCUGUUGCACUGGGACCUGAUUAGCGCACAGCAGAUUGCGGCUGUACUUGAUAGGUCGUUUCCCCAAGAAAGAAGCUUCAUGUUCUGGAACAUCGCCAUUACGCAUCUGCUUGCGACCAGCGACCAGUGUCCCGCUGGCAAGAAGCAGCUCUACGGCAUGUUGUCAUUGAAGCAGAUGCAGCGCGCUGCCCAGUUGACUGAGCAGACCGGCACCGAAAAAAAUGGCGAUGUGGCCGAUCGAGCGAUCAAGACGGAGGAAGAGAUUCUUCUCUUCUACCGCAUUCUCGAAGCCCAUGGCUCCGACGCGGAGUGGGAAGCUGCUCUCAAGGGUCCAACUCUCAACCCCGUCUAUCAGUUCAAGGCUGGCCGCAAGGAUCUCUUCCUGCAAACCAUCGAUGUACUUGAGAGAAAAGGAAACUGGAAAACGGUUUACGAACUCUGCAGAGAAUGCCUUUCGGCGAAGGACGAGAAGGGCCAGCUGAGUCUCCUCGCAUGCGACUGGGCUGUUUGGAAGAAGUUCCUCAAUGCUGCUGGCCGAACAGGAGAGGCCCAAGAGGCUUCAACCGAGGUUUUCGAACUUAUCAACCGGUUUUUUGCACAAGAAAACGUCCGCUCGAUUUACAAGCGAAACGUCCGCCUGGCCAAGGUUGAGGCUGCCUUCCAAUUUUCGCAGCUCGCAGGAUCCGAGGCCAAAUCAACCACGUUCGAGGAGCUUUGCGGAUACAUCGACAUCGAGUGCGAGUCACCCGCUUGUUUCGAUGAUGUCAAAGGCUUCGUCGAGCGCCUUCCACCACACGAAAUCAAGGAACUUGCUUAUGAAUACGUCACCCGGCUGGCAGAAGAGUCAAAGGACGCUGCUAGGUCAUCGUCUGUGAAGGCGUUAGCUUUCAAACUGCAGUACCUUGGUCUGUCUACGUCGAAGACUAUCGUACGCGUCUCAAACGAAGACCCCAAAAAGCCAAACGACUGGAAAUGCAUCAUAUGUGCAGCUGUCAACAAGACACCUGUCUGCACGACCUGCUUGCAGAAAUUAUUGGAGUCCACAUUGACUCUCUAUUCUACUCUUAUUAACUCUUCUAAAACCAGCUCCUCCCUCGACUGUGUACCGGAACUCGCAAUUCUCGCAGCAACGUGCUGCAUAAGGCUGAGCGGCGUUCACCAAUGCGGCACUGGCAACCCUACCACCUCAUCGAUAAAGAGCAGCCGAACUGAUCGCCUACUCCAGGCUGCCCUUCUCAUUGAGAACCAACUCACUAAAACCCCGAAGCACACAAGAUUGACCCUAGUUUUGGUGCGCAUCUAUCUCGUGCUUGGCUGCGCAUCCAGAGCUCGUGAGGUGUGGGACACAGCAGACGUGAAGCGUACCAUCAUUGAUUCGCUAGGCCCCUAUUUCUUCGAUCGUCUGUCAAGCAUCGCCCCUGCGCUUGUCCUUCCGCCGAAUAGACCUGAGAAGGGCCUGAUGCAAGGCCUGAAGGCACACUACAAUACGUCGCUCAAGCUGAGAAUGCCUAGAAGGCUAGCCGAUGCCUUCGAGGCCGAGAGCUACACUGCCAUUCUCGACAUCCCGAGUUAUAUCGAGCAUCUGAGAUCGAGUUGUACGUUGGUCAUGGGCUACGUCGAGGAAGCUAGAGCUGCCCGAGCUCUUGGUAUCCGUAACGAGUCGAUCUUCGACGAGCCCGCGAUUGAGGAAAUCACCGACAUCUCCGUACUGAACGAGGUUAUCGAUUACGGAUCUGUUCCCAACCUGGAGGCGGCGACAAGCCGGCCCAUUUACGAUGUGCUGCGACUUGGCCCUGAUCCAUCGAACCUCCGUUCUCACUUAGCCCUCGCCGCAGAGAGAUUCUUCGACAUCCUCUCUUUCAAGCCUGCAUCUUCUUACAAGGUGACCAACGUUGCUCAAACGACGGCAGCGGAGCAGGUCUUUGUCUUGGAGUCCCUCCAGCGGCUCAGUAACUCCCUGAACAAAUACCUGCACACUCGCGGAAAUAACCUUACCCAACAAGAGGAGAUGUAUUACGACAUUAUCUCCUUACUUACCAAUUUGGUGCCCCUCGCCGUCGCGGCCAGUAGAAGUCCGCCAUCCCCGGAACUCCUAUCGAACAUCGUUUCGGGCAUCAAGUCUGGCCUCGAAGUUCUUCGAGCCCAGUCCCUGUCGACGCCGGCUGAUGCGGAGAGUUCCAAGGCACUGCUGAUGCUGAGCUCGCUGCACGGUCUGUCCGUUCUUCGUGAUGCUGCCGCGGCUGUGAAACUGGCUGCAUCCCACAUUGUGGCGUUCAACGAGCGGGAGAAGGAGAGAGACCGCUCUGGACAGAGCAAUGUGCCCAAGGACUUUAUGACGCAAGUCAAGGCUCUCGAGGCUGCCGCGGGCACCGCCCUGGCCGAAGGAAAGGCGCGGGUUCUCCUCUUGAAGAAGGAAAGCGACAGUCUGAGUGCCAAACUGGGCUCCUGGACAUUCGAGGCGGACUUAGAGGACAAGCUGGCGGAGCAGAUCCGCGACGUGGCAGGGAACCAUGUGAGCGUUUGGUCGCAGAGGGUCACCGACAGCUGGCGGACAAACGUAAAGGGUUGGGAGCUGGUGCGAUGGGAAUAG